UCUGAGCCCGUUCCCCUCCCCCGCGCAGUUUGAUCUGGACUGCGCAGCCAUGCGAUUGUGCGGACUUAAAUGGCGUCCACAAUAAUCGCACAGAGCAGCACAGGCGGCCCCGUCGAUCCGUCAACUGCAGCGAGCAGCAGCAGCACCGGCAGCAACGCCAGCAGCAACACCCUGCCUCCAAUAUCAGCAACUGUUGCUUCGGCAGCUGCCGACCUGCACAACACGCAUCUCAAUCAGCUGAACAGCCUCAGCCAGCACUAUACGACGCCGUAUCAUCAUCACUACCAGCAGCAGCACUUGCAGCACCAACAGCACCAACAGCAACAUCAGCAACACCAGCAGCAGCAACAGCAGCAGCAGCAGCAGCAGCAGCAACAGCAGCAGCAGCAACAGCAGCAGCAGCAACAGCAGCAGCAACAACUACAGCAACAACAUUACCAGCAGCAGCAAUCGCUUGCGGAACAACAGUCUCAGCACUGGGACUAUUAUGCACGGCAGCAGCCAACGGCGCCUGCCAACAACACCAGCAACACCAACAACAACAACAGCAGCAACAGCAACAGCGAGAACAACAACAGCAGCAACACCAAUGUUGCAACACCCCUGGGCAGCAGCGGCAAUGCGAAUGGCACUGCUGCCAGUGUUAACAAUGGCCACAGCCACAGCCACAGCCACGGCCACGCCCAUGGCCAGCGCGUUCAUGGCACACACAACAGUGAUACCGUUGCUGCUGCCUCCGCCGCCGCCGCCGCUGCCGCAGCAGCAGCAGUAGGCCCCAACGGCAACGGCAACGGCACCAACGCCAACGCCAACGCCAACUCCAACUCGAACUCCAACUCUAACGGCAGCUACACACGUCCCUGGGAAAUGGAGUCCAAGGACAAUCAGCCGCCCCAGAGCCAGCCACACCCACAGUUUCAGCCGCAGCCGCAGUCGCAGUCGCAGUCGCAGGCGCAGUCGCAGCCAAAGAGCGGCUUUGAGCCCUUCUCAAAGCUGCCCUCAUUCCAGAGUCAAUUCCAUGGCUACAAUGAUCAGCUCAUGCCCGACGGCACGCCCAUGCCGCUGCCGAUUGGAGCCGCUGCAGCAGCAGCAGCGGCCGCCGCAGGAGCUGGGCCCGGCGCUACUGCAGCAGGACUCGGCUCGCUGCAAACGGUGGCCAUGUCGCCGGCGAGCAUCUCGGUCAGCUCGCCGGGCAUGAUGAGCGUCGGCUCGCCGCUGACGCAGCUGCCGGGCAUGCAGACGAGCAUCACUCCGCCCUCGGGCAGCUUCACGCCGCUGGGCGCUCCGCCGCCGCCGCCGAACGCAUUUCAUCACAUGCACUCGCACCAUCGGGCGACCGGAGCGGGCGCCUAUCCGCUGAUGCCGGCAGCCACGGCUGCAUUCGGCGACUUGCAGCUGUACCAGCCCCUGACGCCGGGCCUGCCGCCGCUGAUCAAGAAGGAGUCGAUGGCUCCGUCGGCUGGCGCGGACUAUGACAUGCUAACGGGCAGCAUGCUGCUCAAGAAGGAGGACUUUGAUCUCAACAGCAACAGUGGCGCACACCAGCUGCAUGGCCAUCCUGGCCUGGGCGUGGGCGUGGCUGUGGGCAUGCACACGCCCACGUCGUAUGACGGGAACAACAGCAACAGCUUCCCGCACGCGGCCAGCAGCAGCGGCAGCCAUACGCCGCACACCACGCAGCCGCUGACGCCGACGCCGACGACGACGACGGCGCCCAUCAAGGUGGAGAAGCUGCUGCAGUCGCCGAUAGCUCGGCUGGACGCGCGAAAGAAGGAGCGGCGGAAACAGCGGCCCAACUCGCUCGAGUCCAGCGCCGAGAGCGAGGCCAGCGGCAUGGACGUGGACCCCAGCGGCGGCAAUCCCGGACAGGUGGACGCCGUCAGCAGCACGGCCAACUUCAAGAGUCCGCUGAGCGCCCUGGGCAUGGGCGACAGCAACGAUGCGAACGCCAGUGGAUGCGACAAGCAGGAACACCCACCCACAACCAUAACCUUACACUACCACCAACAACAUCAACAACAACCCCCCAACGCCAACCACUCCACCAACAACAACUCCUUCUCUUCUUCCGCCUCUGUUUUGCAGUCGAAGAAGAAGCGCAAGCGCUGCGGCGAGUGCGUCGGCUGCCAGCGCAAGGAUAACUGCGGCGAGUGCGCCCCCUGCCGCAACGACAAGAGCCACCAGAUCUGCAAGCAGCGCCGCUGCGAGAAGCUCACCGAGAAGAAGGAACCCAAAGCAAAGCCCAUCGUUUACGGUGCCGACGGCCAACCCGUUCGUGCCGAUGCGAAGCGCGGACGCGGCAAGGGCAAGGCGACUGGCGCCAAUGCCGUCGUCGUCAAUGCCACCGCAGUAGCCGCUGGCAAUGGAACACCAACAACUGGGUCACGCGCCCGCAAAACCUCCACCAAAGCAAAUAAACUGAAUGCAUCCGCCGUUGGCAUUGCAGCCGCAUCAGCAACAUCGCCGCGUCUAAGUCCAGCGCCAGCAACAGCAACAUUGUUGCCGCAGCAAUCGCCAAAUACCACAACAGCAACAGUUGCAGCCGCCGGCAGCUUGCAGCAGCAGCAACAGUAUCAGCAGCAGCAACUGCAGCAGCAAUUGUUGUCGCACCAGCAACAGCCGCAGCCGCAGCAGCAGCUUCAACAGCAACAUCAGCAGCAGUCGCAGCACUAUCAGCAGCAGCCGGAGCCGCAGCAGCAUUUCCAUCAGCAGCAACACUUGCAGCAGCAGCAGCAUCAAUCGCAGCAUCACCAGCAGCAGCACGCACAGCAGCAACAGCAGCAACAUUUGCACCAGCAGCAACAUCAAAUAACCGCACAAAUACAAACCAUGAAGGAUCAACCGCAGCAACCCAUGGCACCCAUGGCCUUCUAUCCCACAUGGCAGGCGGACCCGUCACAGGGGUGGCAGAACCAGUUCAUACAGCAAAUACCACAGAAUACUCCAGCCAUCACAUCACUCAACUCCUUGGAUUUCCAGACACAGUCCUACGCCUAUCCAUCAAAUGGCUACGUGCAGACGGGUCUCGGCUUCGAUCCCAACUACGGCCGCUCCCCGUACGGUGCGCCCGUGCAGCGCUACGAUUUCCAAAGCCAGCAGCUCUCGAGUGCGCCCAUCAACCAGGUGGGUCUGCAGAGCGUCGCGGCGGGCUUUCCGCCGGGCGGUGUUAGCUAUGCCGGGCAGGUGUCUACGGCGCCGGCGCCACCAGCAGUUGGCCUGCAGCAGCAACAGCAGCAGCAGCAACAGCAUCUGGGCGGCGAUCUGAGCAAGAGCAUGUCGGGAAACGACACGCCUGGAUAUCCGCGGGUGAGCAGCGUGCCGCCGCGCUCACUCAACUGUAACGGGUAUCCAGGCGAUUUCAGCGGUUCUCAGCAACAACAACAGCCACAACAACAACAACAACAGACGACAACAGCAACGCCCAGCGGUGCAGCCACGCCCACAGCCACUGGGCCUGGUAAUGCGGUGGUUUCCCAGCCAGCCAGCUCUCCCAUGCAGCAGCAGCCCCAAACGGUGCCGCCAUCCCCCACACGCAGCCUCAUACAGCAGCAGCAGCAGCAGCAGCAGCAACAACAGCAGCAGCAACAGCAGCAACAACAGCAACAGCAGCAGCCACGCCUUGUCUCCCAGUCGCCCAGUCAAGUGCCGCAAUCACCGAACGGCAACGGACUUCAGCCGUACGGCAGCAGCGUGCAGCCCCAGCAGCAGCAGCAGACACAUCCACAUCUUGCCUCGCCGCCCAUGCAGGACUGGAACUGGAGCAAUCAGCAGCAGCAGCAGCAACAGCAACAGCCGCCCUCUGCACAGCAGCAGCAGCUGACGAACGAUGGCUACCCGGCGCAGGGUCAGGGCGAACGCUUGCAUCUGAAUACGCGCAUCAAGUCGAUGAUCAUGCGCAAGAGUGAUUCCAAGGAUGCCCCGCCCGACAUUCAGCUGCAAGGCCAGACAGCUGGCGCAACUGCCGCGCAGCAGCAGCAGCAGCAACAGCAACAGCAACCCGGUCAUUUUUUAUCGUAUAGCCACCAUCUCCGGCCCGACACGGCGCUGAGCGCCAACGGCUCGAGCAGCAUCGCACCCCCGCUGGGCGGUGCCGAGCCCAUCGGAGGUGGUGGCGAUCAGAUCUGGAAGCCGCACCACGCCAACUCAUUUAAGAAGCCCAGCGUGGGCAGCGGCUACGCCGGCACAGACCAUCAGUUGCAGCUGCAGCUGCAGCAACAYCAGCCAGGACAGCACAUGACCAUCAGCCAUGCGGAGCAGCCGCCCCAGCCACCUUCCAUGCCCAUACAGCCGCCGGUGCAGCCUCAGCCCAAGAAGUCGCGGAAUCGCAGCAAGGCGAGCCGCGCCGCUGCCGCUGCCGCAGAAGCAGCGGCUGCUGAGAUUGAAAGGGAUCGCAAUGCGAACGAUCCGGGUGGCGGAGGCCUCAAGGCCCUGGGCGCACACUAUCCGCCACCGCCGGGCAGCGGGCAGGAGUACCACGGCCAGUAUAUCAAAACGGAGCCGGGCCUGUUGCCCCCUCCGCCGCCAGGCGGGCAGCCCAACAAGAUGGAGGGCUACGAGCGCAACUACCAGAACUUCAUUCAGUAUGCCGACUUCUGCCAGAACGACGGACAGGGCCAGCCGGUGCAGCAGCACCAGCAGGAGUAUGCCGGCUACCACCACAACUCGCCGUACUACAGCGCAGGAGCCGGCAGCUUCCAGCAGAACUUUCAGCAGAGCUUUGUGCCCGGCUAUCAGGCAGCAGCGGCGUACGGGAGCCGUGGUAAGCUGCCAUCGAACUCUGUGCACCACGCGCCCCACGGCCACGGUCACGGGCACGGCAACAGCAUGCUGGAGCUGGACCGGAAGCCGGACACGAACAGCAUCAUACCACUGCCCACCAACUACGAGCAGGACAUACCAGCGCACGCGUACCCCAUUCCGGCUCAUCGCUAUGCGCUGGGCCAUGGAGCACCACCGCCUCCGCCCCACCUCAGCCACCACGGCAUGCUGGACUCCAAGCUGGACGACAUGGGCAUGCUGGGCCAUGGUCACGGCCACGGCCAUGGCUAUCCGUAUCUGGGUGAGGGUAAGCCGCUGAACAAUGGCUUCUCCUGCUGUCGUCAAGGCGGCACCCGGCCACCCACAGAGGAGCACCUUAAGGGCGGCACGUGCCUGGGCCUGGGCAUUCAGCCCAAGGAGGAGCUCCUGGACGAGGAUGAGUUGGCCGAGGCGCACAAUGGCGUCAAGGCCAAGACGAAGAAGCAAAAGCAGGAGGAGAUACCUGAGAUAAUUGUGAAGCACGAGAAGAUCAAUCCCAUGUUCGAUACGACGGAUCGCCUCGAGAAGGGCAACAAAACCGAAAUACCCGAAUGCGAGUGCUUCCAGUCCGACAAGAAUCCACCCGAGCCGGGCACUUACUAUACGCAUUUGGGCACUGCAUCUACGCUGAUGGAGCUGCGUCGGGAGUUCGAGGAACGGUGCCAUCUGACGGGUCGUCAGCUGCGCAUCGAGAAGAUCGUCUACACGGGCAAGGAGGGCAAGACCACUCAGGGCUGCCCGGUGGCCAAGUGGGUGAUCAGGCGCGCCGAUCCCGAGGAGAAGAUACUUGUGGUUGUCAAGAAGCGUCCCGGUCACAGGUGCAUUGCCGCCUAUAUUGUCGUAUGCAUGGUGGCCUGGGAUGGGAUGCCGCGCAAGGAGGCGGACGAAGCCUAUGUGAACCUCAUACCCAAGCUCAACAAGUUCGGGCUACCCACGACGCGCCGUUGCGCGACUAAUGAGAAUCGCACCUGUGCCUGCCAAGGGCUGGAUCCGGAGUCAUCAGGCGCCUCGUACAGCUUUGGCUGCAGCUGGUCCAUGUACUACAAUGGCUGCAAGUACGCCCGCUCGAAGACCGUGCGCAAGUUCCGGCUGUCGGUGAAGAGCGAGGAGGCGGCCAUCGAGGACCACAUGAAUCUGAUUGCCACGCUGCUGGCGCCAGUGUUCAAGCAGGUGUGUCCGCGCUCCUACGACAAUCAGACCAAGUACGAGCAUGAGGCAUCCGACUGCCGGCUCGGCCUCGAGCCGGGCAAGCCCUUCUCGGGGGUAACCGCCUGCCUGGACUUCUGCGCCCACUCGCACCGCGACCUGCACAACAUGCAGGACGGCUGCACCGUUCACGUGGCCCUGCUCAAGCCCAGCAACCGCGAUACCCACCUGCCCGACGACGAGCAGUUCCACGUCCUGCCGCUCUACACGAUGGACGGCACCGACGAGUUCGAGAGCGUCGAGGGGCAGCGUGAUAAGCAUCGCACCGGGGCUGUGCAAAUGCUGGACAAAUUUCCCUGCGAAGUACGCGUGCGCUCCACGCCGCUGAUACCUUGUCGCCGGCACGGCAAGAAGCGCAAGGAGGACGAAGCCGCGACGCCGGAUGGCGACCACGACGCCGCCGCCGACGGCAGCAGUCAGAGCUCCAGCAACGGCGCCCAAUCGCAGGCCCAGCAAGCGUCGUCCCAGCAGAGCAGUCCGCCCGGCCUGGCCUCUGCUCACAUCAAGAAGGAGAACGGCGCCAGCAAUGGCAGCAGCGCCGGCAACAAUGCCAGCAACAGCAACAACAACAACAAAUCAAAGUCCAAGGCCAAGUCGAGCUCCAGUGCAUCCACGCCGGGCUCGGCGCCGCCAACGACGCCCUCGCCACGCUGCCAGACGCCCGUCACAAACAACCCCAGUCCGGCGGGCAGCGCAUUCAGCACGCCGCCCGUCAAUCAGCACGCCGGCAAUCCGAACGCCAGCAACAACAGCUCGGCAGCAGGAGUUGGGGCAGGUCCGCCGGGCGGGCAGCCCAACCAGCUGAUGAGCUCGAACUCGAGCCUCAUGAACAUGGCCACGAUGAUAGACACGUUCACGGACGCCCAGCUACAGUCCAACCAGAUCUCGAGCACCGUGCUGGACUCGCCCUACUCCUACGACUACCAGACGGGCUCCUACAUCGACUCGCGCAACUACUACGGCAACUGGCCGGCCCACGCCAUGGGCAUGGCCGCUGGCAGUGCGGCCCUCACGCCGACCACGCCCACUGCGCCGAUGGCGCAGCACGCGCACACUGUGACGCCACCAACAGCAGCAGCGGGAGCUUCUGCAGCUGCAGCGACAGCGGCCUCGGCAACAACCGUUUCUCCAGCCGCAACAGGCACAGCUAUGCCACCCGUCACGCCCGCCACGGUGACGCCCACGCCCACGCAGCACGACGCUAGCAAUGGCUACACGUCCAGCUACAACAAUCUGGCAACGCCAGCACUGGGCACACAGCAACACCAGCAGCAGCAGCAGCAGCUGCAACAGCAGCAACAUCAGCAGCACGGUGUCGAUGUGGCCGGCGCUGUUGCUGGUGGUGAGCUUAAGGGCCGCGUCAGCGAGGAGAACCCCGACUCGACGACGCUGGUCAACCACUCACUGGUCGAGAGUAAGUUAACCGCUUUGACAGCCAUGCAACCCAUGACUAAUCUAGCACCACUCCACCACCACCACCACCACCAUCCGCACACGCCAGAGGGCUUCGUYAAGCCAAAGCCGCCGCCCAGCGACUACCAGUACUCGCAGUACCCGAACAACUAUCAGAUGUACCCGCCUCCGCCGCCGCCGCACUCCGCCUACUCCGCGUACGACGCCUACCAGAACAUGAACUACAACUACGGCUACCACCACCAGGCGUACUCGCCGUACGGCAUGUAUCCGCAGCAGACGCCGCCGCCCACGCCGCCACCGCCCUCGCCCAACUGGAAUGUCUACGGCCAUCACCAGGGCUCUGGGGGCUACGGCCCGGGGGCUGGAGGGGCUGGUGGGACACUACUGGCCACGCACGGCCCGGUGCCAUCCGGAGCCACGCUGGUCAAGCCAACGGUGCCAACCGCUGUGCCGCAGCAGCAACAGCAGCAGCAACAACAACAGCAACAGCAGCUGCAGCAGCCGCAGCAACAGCAGCUGCAACAGCAACAGCAACAGCAGCAGCAACAGUUGCCAGCAACACCGCCUCAAACUAUUUUGCCCGACUUGAGCAAUGGCCAGCUGCCCGUGGAGCCCACUGCAGCAAGUGCUGUUGAGGUGCCGCCGCUUGGCAACAACAGCAACAAUAGCAACAGCAGCAACAGCAACAGCAACGAUGCCAACAGCAACGCGGCUGGCGCUGGCGGCAACACGACGGCAACAACUGUGGCGCCAGCCAGCACCAACUCGACCAAGAUCGAGCCGAUUGGCGAGGUGGCCGAGAUCAAUGAGAACAUUGAGGCGUUCCAGGAUCCGCAGAUGGGCGGCGUGGCCAUUGCGCUGAAUCACGGCAGCGUGCUGAUCGAGUGCGCCAAGCACGAGAUGCAUGCGACGACAGCCGUGCGGCGACCGGAUCGCCACCACCCGACGCGCAUGACCCUGAUCUUCUACCAGCACCGCAACUUGAAUCGUGCCAGGCACGGCAUCGACGAGUGGGAGGAGAAGAUGCGCGUGAAGAAGAUCAACACGGACCUCGACAACAAAGCCAAAGAGGAGCGCGAGCGUCUGCUGAAGAAGGCAGCCGGCGAGGACGACGAGGACGAGGAUAUGCCUGACGAGCAGCUGGCGGCGACUGCAACCCCGACCCUGCCCACCAUCAAGAAGGAGAACAGUGGGAGUGGUGGCGCGAUUAAGAAUGGGGCCAGUGGCAGCAAGAAGAAGAAGAGCGAGGCCAGCAAGAAGACACAGUCGAACAACAACAACAGCASCAACAACAACAACAACAAUAGCGAGCAGCCAAAAAACGAGAAAGUUGCCCUCCACGCACCAACACUAACAACAACGUCGUGGACGACCCUGUUCCCUAUGCACCCAUGCGUAGUUACGGGGCCCUACCAGGAGGGCAAUAGCAGUCCAACAUCGUCCACGAAUGGCAGCGCCACCAAUGGCACCAGCAACAGCAACAGCAACAGCAAUGCCAAUGGCCCCACAGCGCAGCAGGCAACGACUCCAGGAGCCGUGCCGCCUCCUCCGGCGCCGCAACCGUUGCAGCAAGCCUGAGCGCCUACCACCGCCAGAUGGGGAUAGGCGCCUACUACUACUGGUAGUUGUUUGACAAACGACUGAAAGAUAUUCUCAUAAUAAUUAUUUUUGUAAACGCGUCCUGAUACCGUGUGCCAUACGAGGGGGUUGGGGUUGGGGCUGUGGGAUUGAGAUUAGGUUUGGGGCAGCAGGCAACGCAGUUGCAGUUGGAUAUACCCGGUCAGCAUGCAGUAAUACACUACCAAAGCUCCACAACAAUAACAGCAACAACAACAACAACAGCAACACACUCACAUAUACAUACAUACACUCUCACACAAGCCUAGUUCACGAACUGGAUGAAAAUGCAGUUAGAUUCAUAUUCAUAUACAUAUACAUACAUACAUAUAGGAAACGAAGAAGAARAAGAAGAAGAAUGAAGAAAAACUAUGUUUUUAGCGCAGCUAUAUUGUUGGCAAUUUCUGUUAAAUGAUUUAUUUUUUACAUUUUGUUCUCUCCUUCUGUUAAGAAUCAAACAAAGCAAACUACAAAACAAACACUAGAAAA